CACCCUGCUGACAGGCUGGCCUCGAAUUCACAGACACCUUUUUCUGGCUUCUUUUGAGUGCCUACUACACCUACCCAACCUCUCUUGGGACAGACCAAGUUGAGUUUAUGGAAUCGCCUGGAGAGUGGCGCCCCCUGGUGUUCGCAUCAAGGACUACGUGGCAGGGGUGAAAGUAGGGCAGAGGAUCCUCAAGAACCGGCAAGACCUUCUCAGCUACACUAUUCACCACACCCAUGAGUACCCGGACACGGAAAAGUCCCUGAGUGACAGCAGCUGCCAGGAUUCGACCUCCCUCCCACAACCUCCAACCCGGGCGAACUCAGCCUGAGAAGCCCAGGCGGGGAGGGGCCGGGUCGGGGGCGGCCUGGCAGGAAGCGGCGCGUACCUUCCGUUGCAGGAGGAGCAGGUGGCUGCAGUGCUGCCCGGGGCCCCAGGCUUCCUGUGUACGCUCCCGCUGGCUGCUUUUUCCCGCCAGAGCUCAUUGGGCCACCCCGGCCCUAUGGCUCAGACCCCAGACGGCAUAUCCUGUGAACUGCGAGGCGAGAUCACCAGGUUCCUGUGGCCCAAGGAGGCAGAGCUGCUGUUGAAAACCUGGCUUCCCCAGGAGGGUGCUGAGCAGAGUCAUAUCCUGGCACUGCUUCGAUGGAGGGCAUAUUUGCUGCAUACCUGCCUUCCCCUGAGGGUGGACUGCACAUUCAGCUACCUGGAGGUCCAGGCCAUGGCACUGCAGGAAACACCUCCUCAGGUCACCUUUGAGCUGGAAUCCCUGCCUGAAUUGGUCCUGGAGUUUCCUGGUGUGGCUGCCCUAGAACAGCUGGCCCAGCAUGUGGCUGUAGCCAUCAAAAAGGUCUUUCCUCGCUCCACCCUCGGGAAGCUAUUCCGGAAGCCCACACCCUCAUCCCUGCUGGCUCGACUGGAGAGAAGCUGUCCCUUAGAGUCCACAUCACCCAGCAGUCCCUGUGGUGGCUUCUUGGAGACAUAUGAAGCUCUGUGUGACUACAAUGGCUUCCCUUUCCGAGAGGAGAUUCAGUGGGAUGUGGACACUAUCUACCAUCGGCAAGGCUGCCGCCAUUUCUGCCUUGGAGACUUCGCCCACCUUGGCAGCAGAGACCUGGCCUUGAGUGUGGCCGCCUUAUCUUACAACCUGUGGUUCCGGCGUCUCUCCUGUGUGGACAUGAAGCUGAGCCUGGAGGUCUCAGAGCAGAUUCUGCACAUGAUGAGCCAAUCUUCCCACUUGGAGGCGCUCGUCCUGGAGACCUGUGGCCUGAGAGGAGACUUUGUUCGACGACUGGCGCAGGCACUGGCAGGGCAUUCUAAUUCUGGACUUCGGGAGCUCAGCCUGUCUGGGAACUUGCUAGAUGACAGAGGUAUGGCUGCACUCAGCAGAUACCUAGAGCAUUGUCCAGGAGCCCUGAGGAGACUCAGCCUAGCACAGACAGGGUUGACACCUCGAGGAAUGAGGGCUCUAGGCAGGGCACUGGCAGCCAAUGCCACCUUUGACUCUACCCUGACCCACCUGGAUCUUUCUGGGAACCCUGGGGCACUGGGAGCCUCCCAGGAUAGCGGGGGCCUGUAUACUUUCCUGAGCCGUCCUAACGUUCUGGUGUUUCUGAAUCUGGCAGGCACUGACACCGCUCUAGGCACGCUCUUUGCAGCGUUAUCUGGUGGCUGCUACUCCAGUCUCGCCCACCUCGAAGCUUCAAGGAAUGUCUUCUCACGCACGAAGUCCCGAGCGGCACCCGCUGCGCUGCAACACUUCCUUGGCAGUGCCAGGAUGCUGCAGCACCUGGGCCUGGCCGGCUGCAAACUGCCACCUGAAGCGCUUAGGGCCCUUUUAGAUGGCCUUGCGCUCAACACGCAGAUCCACGACCUGCACCUGGACCUCAGUGCAUGUGAGCUACGCUCUGCGGGUGCCCAGGUGAUACAAGACUUAGUUUGUGACGUGGGUGCCUUGAGCUCCUUGGAUCUGUCAGACAAUGGCUUUGGCUCCGACAUGGUGACUCUGGUGCUUGCCAUUGGGAGGAGCAGGUCUCUGAAAUACGUGGCCCUUGGAAGAAACUUCAACGUUCGGUGCAAGGAGACCCUGGACGAUGUCUUGCACCGGAUAGUCCAGCUCAUGCAGGACGAUGACUGUCCUUUGCAGUCUCUGUCAGUGGCUGAGUCCCGGUUGAAGCAGGGAGCCAGCGUCCUGCUUCGGGCUUUGGGCACUAACCCUAAACUGACAGCACUGGAUAUCAGUGGCAAUGCCAUAGGUGAUGCUGGUGCCAAGAUGCUUGCCAAGGCUCUACGAGUCAACACCAGGCUUCGGUCGGUGAUCUGGGACCGAAACAACACAUCAGCCCUGGGCCUGCUGGAUGUGGCACAAGCCCUGGAAGAGAAUCACAGCCUGAAGUCCAUGCCGCUGCCUCUGAAUGAUGUAACACAGGCACAUCGCAGCCGUCCAGAACUAACAGCACAAGCAGUCCAUCAGAUCCAAGCCUGUCUCUUGAGGAACAACCGGGAAGACCCUGCUUCUGACCUCAAGCCCUGCCUUCAGCCCUUGGGUCUGAUUUCAGAGCACUCAGAGCAGGAAGUGAAUGAACUAUGCCAGUCAGUGCAGGAGCAUGUGGAGCUGCUGGGCUGUGGGGCUGGGCCCCAGGGUGAGGUUGCUGUGCACCAGGCUGAAGAUGCCAUCCAAAAUGCCAACUUCUCUCUCAGUAUCCUUCCCAUUCUAUAUGAGGCUGGGAGUUCUCCAAGCCAUCACUGGCAGCUGCACCAAAAGCUGGAGGGCCUCUUGGGUCAGGUGGGUGAGAUCUGCCGCCAGGACAUCCAGGACUUCACUCAGACCACACUGGAUACCACAAGGAGCCUUUGCCCACAGAUGUUGCAGAGACCUAGCUGGAAGGAGCAGCUAGAAGGAGUUCUGGUGGGCUCCAGGAGCCUUCCAGAACUGCUUCCAGAACAUUUGCUGCAAGAUGCCUUUACUAGGCUGAGGGACAUGCGCCUGUCAAUCACAGGGACCUUAGCAGAGAACAUUGUGGCUCAGGCUCUUGAAGGUCUUCAUACAGCCAGAGAUCGACUGGUGGAGAGUCUAGCAGAGCAGUCAGCAGUGACAGUGGAUCCUGCUGUACCAUCACUGGAUGUACAUGAGCUAAGUCCCCUUGAGACUGGGGGAUUGGAAGAUCUUUUCUUUCCCAUGGAGAAGGAAGAGGAGAGAGAGGUGAUGAGGAAUGAAACCCAGAGCGGUACAGACAGCACCCCAGCUCUGGGAUAUACUCAGGCCAGGUCACUGGGAAGAAGUGGGGGUGGGGGAGAGCCACAGUUCUCAGUCCUGACUCCUAACCUCCAUGUCUCCCAGGUGUCCCCAGCCCUGCUUCAAGAAGGGAAUGGGCUCACUGCUCGUGUGGAUGAGGGUGUGGAGGAAUUCUUCUCCAAAAGGCUGAUCCAGCAGGAUCGCCUCUGGGCUCUAGAGGAGGAUCCAGCCACUGAGGGCGGUGCCACUCCUGUCCCCCGUACACUUCGAAAGAAGCUGGGUACCCUCUUUGCCUUUAAGAAACCUCGUUCAACAAGGGGUCCAAGAUCUGAUCUAGAGACCAGCCCUGGAGCAACAGCUCGUGCCAGAAAAACCACACUUGGAGACCUGCUUCGACCACCAGCCCGUCCAAGCCGCGGUGAGGAGCCUGGAGGCGCAGAAGGGGGCACCAGCAGCCCUGACUCUACUCGAAGAAAUCGGCCUCGUUACACACGAGAAAGCAAGGCCUACUCUAUGAUACUGCUACCUGCUGAGGAGGAGGAAGCAACAGUGGGUGCCAGAUCUGACAAGAGGCGGCCUCUGGAACGGGGAGACACAGAACUGGCUCCAUCUUUUGAACAGCGGGUCCAAGUGAUGCUGCAGAGGAUCGGUGUAAGCCGGGGCAGUGGGGGUGCCGAAAGCAAGAGGAAGCAAAGCAAAGAUGGUGAGAUCAAGAAGGCAGGCUCAGAUGGUGACAUUAUGGACAGUUCCACAGAGACCCCUCCCAUCUCAAUCAAGUCCCGUACCCACUCUGUGUCUGCUGAUCCCUCAUGUAGACCCGGGCCAGGGGGCCAGGGGCCUGAGUCUGCCACCUGGAAGACACUGGGGCAACAGUUGAAUGCAGAGCUCAGAGGCCGUGGUUGGGGCCAACAGGAUGGUCCAGGGCCCCCUUCCCCAUGUCCCAGCCCAAGUCCCCGAAGAACCAGCCCCUCCCCAGACAUCCUGAGUCUCCCUGAGGACCCUUGCUUGGGCCCUCGGAGUGAAGAUGGCCAGCUGAGGCCGAGGCCUCUCUCAGCAGGGCGGCGAGCAGUGUCUGUGCAUGAGGACCAGCUCCAGACCCCUUCGGAACGGCCCCUCCGGCUGCAGCGCUCCCCUGUCCUCAAGCGAAGGCCGAAGCUCGAGGCACCCCCAUCCCCAAGCUUAGGCUCUGGCCUUGGAACCAAGCCUCUUUUUCCAUACCCAACAGAAUCCUCCAGCCCUGAGCGGAGCCCUCCCUCCCCAGCCACAGACCAAAGAGGCGGCGGUCCCAAUCCCUGAUCCUGUCCUCUCUUGC